CUGAGCUGAGCAAGGGAAGGGGCACUGGCACCGCCGUGGUGUUUCCGUGCUGGACCGGGGAGCCUCUCUCGGCGGCACGUUAAUUGGAUUUCAUUCACUCGUGGCGGAGGAAAAGCCCAAGGGCUCGGGCUGCAGGGGCGAUUAGGCAGGUUCAUUCAGGGAUUCAUUGAUUGAAAAAAGAGGAGACAGGGCAGGCUGGCUGCGCGCACGCAAGCGCGCACACACACACACACACAUACACACACACACACAUACACACACUCACACACACGCCGGGGCCAGCGGUGCUUCUCCCUCCCCGUGGCUCCACCGCCGCCCGGCGCGGGGGAGGCGACGAGGGGGGGGCUGCGUGAUUCAUUUUCCUGGGGCGGAGGGAGAUAAGUUGUGCAGAGUUGGUGGGGUGCAGCCCGCCCGCCGAGCCAGCCGCAUGCCUCUGUGAGAGAGAGGGGCGCUUCCAGAGCACGCUCCGCUCCCCCCGUCCUUCCUCAUGCUAGAUACGUUCAGACCCGUCCCUUUCGCAUCGGAAAUGGCGAUUAGUAAAUCGGUGGCGUGGCUGAACGAGCAGCUGGAGAUGGGCAACGACCGGCUACUGCUGAUGGACUGUCGGCCGCAGGAGUUGUACGAGUCGUCCCAUAUCGAGUCGGCCAUCAACGUGGCCAUUCCUGGCAUCAUGCUGCGGCGGCUGCAGAAGGGCAACCUGCCCCUGCGGUCCCUCGUCGCCAGCAGCGAGGAGGAUCGGGAGCGCUUCGCCCGCCGGUGUGGCACCGACACGGUAGUACUGUACGACGAGCACAGCCGCGACUGGAACGAGAACACGGGCGGCGAGUCCGUGCUGGGGCUGCUCCUCAAGCGCCUCAAAGAUGAAGGCUGCAAGGCAUUUUAUCUGGAAGGUGGUUUUAGCAAGUUCCAGGCCGAGUUCGCCUUGCACUGCGAAACUAACCUAGACAGUUCGUGUAGCAGCAGCUCUCCUCCUUUGCCAGUCCUGGGCUUGGGAGGCCUCCGAAUCAGCUCCGAUUCAUCAUCAGACGUUGAAUCUGACAUUGACAGAGACCCCAAUAGUGCCACCGACUCCGAUGGCAGCCCUCUCUCCAACAACCAGCCUUCCUUCCCGGUGGAAAUUUUACCCUACCUCUAUUUAGGCUGUGCCAAGGACUCCACUAAUCUGGACGUUUUAGAAGAGUUCGGCAUUAAGUACAUCUUGAAUGUUACCCCUAACCUGCCCAAUCUCUUCGAAAAUGCCGGCGAAUUCAAGUACAAACAGAUUCCGAUCUCUGACCACUGGAGCCAAAAUCUGUCUCAGUUCUUUCCUGAGGCCAUCUCCUUUAUAGAUGAAGCACGGGGGAAGAACUGUGGAGUCCUGGUGCAUUGCUUAGCAGGGAUCAGCCGCUCGGUCACAGUGACGGUGGCCUACCUCAUGCAGAAGUUGAACUUGUCCAUGAAUGAUGCCUAUGAUAUUGUCAAGAUGAAGAAGUCCAACAUUUCACCCAACUUCAACUUCAUGGGCCAGCUGCUGGACUUUGAGAGGACUCUGGGACUGAGCAGCCCCUGUGACAAUAGAGUGCCGAACCAGCAGCUGUACUUCACCACCCCUUCCAACCAGAACGUCUUCCAAGUGGAUUCCCUGCAAUCCACGUGAGCUCCUACCACCUCCCUUCUCCUGUCCAUUUCAUGGGAUCACUCCUCAAUGAUUUCUCUUUGGCAGUGAUAAAGGAAUGCAGCUUUCUCUUUUUCUGGCCUCUGCUAUCAAAAGCAGCUGCAAGGCAAGGAAAGGUUACACAGUAUGGAAUCGGCUAUUGCAAAGGGAGGGAAUGUGGCAAGCUCUCUGGGCAGGACCACAGAGAGCAGGCAGCAGGUGGGCAGUGUGCUCAUCCCUGCUUGUGCAGUGGCUUGGGUCUGAGAACUUCCAGGGGGAUAGGGUGAGGCUGGACAGGCUGGGCACGGGUUCUCUGGAGACUGGAACUGUCCUUCUACCCUCUCUGCUCUCAGAUCUGUGACAUACAUCUAUGUCUUCAGUGAAGACUGGUUAUUUUUGUUUGUUUGUUUUAAUUUAGAGGAGCCAAAGAAAGAGAUUUCAGCUUAGUGUAUUUGGAGUACUUGUUUGCUGGGAGUUUGGUAGUAUUCUACUUGAUCAGUGUAAAUAUUUAACCUUAAAUCAAUUUGCGUUUUUUUUUUU